CUGAUCAUCCCCAAACAUUACCUUCUCUGUAAUAUAAAACCCAGUCGGUUUCACUCCUUUCUCAACUCACAGUCUCUUCAAUUCUUCUAGUUAAGAAACGCAACAAGACUUGGUUAAGGAAUGGCCACGUCAGCAAUCCAGCAAUCCUCCUUCGCUGGCCAAACGGCCCUCAAACCCUCCAACGAUCUCCUCCGCAAGGUUGGUGUCUCCGGUGGAGGCCGCGUGACCAUGCGCCGCACCGUUAAGUCUACUCCUCAAAGCAUCUGGUACGGACCAGACCGUCCCAAGUACAUGGGACCAUUCUCUGAGAACACACCGUCUUACCUAACCGGAGAAUACCCCGGAGACUACGGCUGGGAUACCGCCGGGCUAUCUGCUGACCCGGAGACAUUCGCUAAGAACCGUGAGCUUGAAGUGAUCCACAGCAGAUGGGCAAUGUUGGGCGCUCUAGGAUGCACAUUCCCUGAGAUUCUCUCCAAGAACGGAGUCAAAUUCGGAGAAGCCGUAUGGUUCAAGGCAGGAUCCCAGAUCUUCUCGGAAGGAGGUCUUGAUUACCUCGGAAACCCUAACUUGAUUCACGCGCAAAGCAUCUUAGCCAUCUGGGCUUGUCAAGUGGUGCUCAUGGGUCUCAUCGAAGGCUACAGAAUCGGAGGUGGUCCACUAGGAGAAGGUCUUGACCCGCUUUACCCUGGAGGUGCAUUCGACCCAUUGAAUUUGGCAGAGGACCCAGAGGCCUUUUCUGAGUUGAAGGUUAAGGAGCUCAAGAACGGCCGUCUGGCCAUGUUCUCUAUGUUUGGAUUCUUUGUUCAAGCCAUUGUUACUGGUAAAGGUCCCAUCGAGAACUUGUUUGAUCACUUGGCAGAUCCUGUGGCUAACAACGCCUGGUCUUACGCUACCAACUUUGUCCCCGGAAAGUAAUUAUCAUAUGGAUUUGCUUCACCAUCUAUCUACUUAGUAAAACCAUUAAUGUAUUGUUCGUAUUUUUUUGCGAAUUUGGGACCUAGUGACUGGUUAUUUUCAUUGACUGGAUAUUUGGCACAAUAAAUCAAACAACCAAUCACAGCUAGCUUAAUAUUGAAGUCUCAAGUCAAUAGAAGUAGACCAGGAAUUCUACAAAGCCUACACUUGUAUAGAAUCUUUUUCUAACCAGUACUUAUCAACAACAUAUAUAAACAGGGGCAGACCCACAUGUAAGGUUAUGGGGUCAGUUGCACCACAAAAAAUACAAAGUUACAUUUCUAGGCUGUGUACAUUAGUUAUUUCAGCCUAUUUUGUUAACAAUGGUAAAAAUGAACCCACAAACCUCGGUUCACACCCCUCCAAUGACUUUUUGUAUUUAAUAUUUUUUUGUAAUUAUGAGUUAUGAGCCCACAGAAAAAAAUUUCUGGGUUCACCAUUGUAUAUAAAUAUUGAUGCAGCAGCUAGCAUCCUAAAUGCCUAAAGACAACUUUAUUAUUCUGUUAUUUCCUAUUUUCAUAUGGUUUUGUGUUUUUCCGUUUCUAUUAAGGUUUUUUUUUAUCACAGUUUAAGAAGUUCUAUAUAAGGAACUCUCUUAUGGUUAUGUAAAUUACGCUUUUGAUAAUCAAUAAAC